AUGAAGCUCCGUGUCAAGUUGAUACGAACAUAUGAGGUCCUUAAGGCACUUAAGGUGGUGGUGCGCAUGGAGGUGGGAAGAGAGCUCUGGGACCGAUUUGAGGAGGGGAGAGCAGUACAGUUUCUAGCUAGCUUGGAAGGUGACCUAGACUUCGAGAACUUAGACUGGGCGGGCGCAGGGGGCGGUGGCGCGGGGGCGGCACGGUUGGCGGUGGGCGGCGUGCUGGCUGGGCGCGGGCGGGUUGGCGGCGGCGCGCGGGCGGGCUGGCGGCGUCGCGCGGGCUGCUGGCGGCGUCGCGCGGGCUGCGGGUGCUGCACCGGCGGCGCGGCGGAGGAUACCGCCGGCGGCGGCGGUGGCCGGGCGGGGGGCCGCCUGGAAGCGCACCGGCUGGGCUGCGCGUUUUUAGAUUAA